AUGUCUCGUCUGUCAUUUGUGGGCAGAGGAAGAAAGAGGAGACAAGAAGAACCUGGUCGACAACUGCCAAUCGGAAACCGUCCAUCGCCCCGAGCCGACGAGCCGGGCGGCACGCACAGCGCCUGCAACCUUGACUCGACUCUCACCGAGCGCUUGCACAAGUCAACAACAUCGAUAGUCGAUGGCACUCCCUUUGCAGCUCGAGCAGUCCCUCACUUGUACCGUACUGGAAACAUUCGCUACUUGAAGAUGUUCAUGCAAGUGGUGAAAUAUGCCUCAAUCACAGUUGGCUCCCUUGCAACCCUAUAUCUUGGAUUUCUGGGUCUUCUCACGACAUCUUGGUUCCAAGCCCAUGUGGUCUAUCUCCAUGCAGUCCAGAUGACCUGGUUCAAGGACCUCAACUUUCCUGAGAUAUUUGGCUUCCUUCAUAACCAGGUCACACCCUUCGAGAUACUCUCAUCUGGCGGCGGUAGCAUCUACGCAUGGCACGUUCUUCCUGUUGAGGUAUACCGACGCAACGAACAAGACCUACUACAAGAUGCAUCUGGCUUCGCACUGGACGUCACGACUCGCAAAUCUUUCAGCCUGCUUCAGGAUGAUCCCGAAGCUCUUCUGAUUAUCCACUUUCAUGGAGCUGGAGGCACUGUAGGUUCCGGCUAUCGUUGUCCGAACUACCGUGCCCUCUCUGCUGGGAAACCCGAUAAGAUCCAUGUUCUCACAUUCGACUAUCGAGGCUUCGGGCGAAGCAAAGGCGUUCCAACAGAACGAAGCGUUACGAUUGAUGCGAUAUCUGUGGUUGAAUGGGCACUACACGUUGCCAAAAUCCCUCCUUCCAGAAUUUUGAUGUAUGGUCAGUCAUUGGGCACAGCAGUAAACAUUGCGAUUGCAGAACACUAUGCCCAGCAAGAACCUCCCAUCACUUUCGUCGGCCACGUACUCACGGCACCUUUUGUGGAUGUUCCCACGCUGGUUUCGACAUACAGUGUCGCAGGAACAGUACCCAUCCUCGGCCCGGUGGCGAAAUUUCCUGCAGUUUUUAAUUAUCUGAGGACCUUUAUCCAAGACAAGUGGUCAACUCGGGAUCGAAUCGCAUCGUAUGUGAAAGCCAACGAGGCGCACGAAUUGCCGUACCAAAUCACGAUUCUCCAUGCCGAGGAUGAUUAUGAUAUUCCCUGGACGCAUACCCCGCAAUUGUUCUGGCAUGCGGUGAACGCCUCGCAAGUACAGGGCAUUACCUAUGCUGAGCUGGAUCAGGUGAAGUCCAAGUCAAAAGUGGAUCUCGGACAUGCCGGGACAGUGGUAGAAUGGAGGACUGAACAUGGUGUGCUUCGAGAGGAGAUCCUGAAGCAUGGUCUGCAUGAUGUGAUUAUGGGAAACCCGAUCAUAUCGCUUGCUGUGCUGCGCAUGUUUGAAGUGUAUGCCAACAGGAUUUGAUUUGAUAUGACGACUAACAUUCCAGAUAGAACAAUACAUAUAGAAGAUAGAUCUCACCUCCUGGCGGCAUGAUGGUGAGGGCGCAGUCAUUCUCAUGGCUGCUUGUUUUUACUCGUACCUGAACCAAAAUUGUUCGACACGCAUUCGGAGGAAGAUACUCCUGGAGUUGAG